GUCAAGUGAAAACGAAACAGUAACUGCUUAUUGCUCGAUCCACGAUGAUAUGGCCGGGUGUUAUAGCUUCAAGGUUACUCCUUAAUCUUAGAUUUGGAUUUCUAAUAAGUAACGGCUUCAACUCUAGUGCCACAAAUAAGGCAAGAGUGGUGGCAGCAGUGUUUGUAUCAGCAGCUCAAGCAGCAACAAGGAAACACAAGAGUCCAAGAACAAUAGAGGUUGUGUSUAAUGACUUGACAAAGGAAAAGGUUGAUGCUAUUGUCAAUGCAGCAAACUCCUGGCUCAAGCAUGGAGGAGGGCUAAAAAUGGUCCCCUACCAACAGGAGAUGUAGCUGUAACAACAGCUGGAAACUUACCUUGCAAAGUAAUCAUUCAUGCAGUUGGUCCAGUGUGGAGAGGGGGAGAUGCAAAUGAGGAGAAAGACCUUCAAUCAGCACUACUUAACUCUCUGGAAGAAUGCCAUCGUCGUAACUUGACAAGCGUUGCAGUCCCUGCAAUCAGUAGCGGCAUCUUCGGAUUCCCCAAGGAUCUAUGCGCCAAGAUUCUUUUCUCAGUAGCUAUUGAUUUCCUUAGCUCGAAAGAGGAAACCACUCUUACCUGUAUUCGUUUUACAAACUUCGAUAAACCAACUGUUGAGGCAUUUAAAGAUCAUGCAGAGACACUUAUCAACAAACCGGGCCUAAAAGUAGAGAUUUAUCCACAAAGCAUGCUGUAGGUUAUGUUAUAUAAAUAUAUGGAACACAUAAAUGAGGUUUAAACCUCAAAUCCACUUGAAGGUCACUAAGUCCAAAGCAAGGAUGUUGUAAAAUAUUUCAUAAAAAAUUUCGUUUACAGCUUGGUUACUAAGCGGUUAAAAUCAUUUUCACUUUCUGAGUUGGAUAAAGAGGCAAGAAUUAGAAGUUUGUCUUUAGAGUUGGCUUAAAUAGGAAAACGUUAGGAAGCAAACAGGUUCUGUAGUCACAGAAAAUCUUUACCCAAAUAAAUGUGAACCAACGUGCCA